AUGGUUAUUUACGGCCCAUGCUCGGGCCGGUUGCGACAGGUUUUAUUCUCAACUCCGUACGCUGUUAAAAUAACGUGCAUAAAUGGUAAAGUAUCCAUGGUUAGUUUCGAUAGUGGUUUGGUUAUUCCACCAUGGUAUCCAAUACGAAUUAAUGGCAAUUGGACAUUUCCUCACGAUGUCCGAGAUGAGACAGAAACUGAGUGUCAAGAGAUGUAUAGUUUUGCUCUUGACACCUGUCAUAUUAUGAUUAUAAAUGGUAGUGGAUGUGCCACUUUAGGACAUAAUUUCAAAGGAAAAGUUAUCGUACAUCCGUACUAUGUAACUGAAAAAGUUUUGGAUGACUUACGUGUAAUCGAUAUCUUAAGUAGUGUCCAAUUGCCAUUAAUUCGUAUUGGAUACCAUGGUGUAAUAACCAAACCACUAUCGAAACUAACCAUGGAUUCUUUACCAUUUAUGCACGUUAUUUUAACAGCGUAA